CUUGAUUAACAUACGUCGUGUUAACUACUGCCUUUUCAUUCUGAUAAAAGUAAGAUUUCAGAAUUUUCAUAAUUAAGCUACAAAGCGGACAUAUAAAUACACAAAUGAUGAGCUUGUAAUUAAAGAAAUGAUGGAUGAAGAUUUCUUACAAACGGUCACUGACGCACUUUACAGUUAUCUUAAGUAGCACUUAUUUUUCUUUAAGUACGUUAUCCCUGAAGUCAAGGGGGCUGGUUUCUUUUUUGUUUAUUAUCAAAAUGCAAAGAACACAACAACGCAUCCUUCCACAUCGACACAACGGAUUCAACUAAAGUUAACAAAUCACUGGUGAAUGUCGCUGACAGUUCUGAUCGUAGAGCAGCAGUGUCACUCUGCACCCGGGUGGGAAAGGAGAGACGUGUGUGUAGGGGGGGUGGUGUUGCAUAACAGCCUGCAGUCAUCAUGGAAACAAAUGUGGUAAUGUUAAAGUCCACAAGCUAAUGCCGCAUUGUUGUUCAUAAGAAUAAAGCUUCUGGCAUGCAGAUUAAAGGUGUUUUAAAUUGCCCUAAACUGCCAGUGAAUGCAGUCUGCAGGACGCGUUUGUCACUAAUGAGUGUAUGAUUACAGAGUUAUAAAAGGAAACGGGCUACGGUUGUGUUUGGGUGUGACAGUCUGUGAAGAAAGAAGAGCAGAGUCUGUGGGAGAGUGGCAGUUUUCACCGCCCUGAAGGGAGGUAAGCUUCAUAUGAUUCAGAGUGGAAACAGGUUAGUUCUCUCACGUUCCCGUCAUCUGUGGCUUUACUCACUGAAGAUGAAUGCGUGCGCUAAGAACACAUGCUGGUGUGGCUUCCUGAGGAAAGAUUAUCGCGAGCUCUGCGGAGUGUGAAAAGGAGACAGUUUAUAGAUAACAUUUCAUUCAAAGUGGAGGAUUAGUAGCCUUUGUGUGUGUGUGUGUGUGUGUCGCAGUAUGUCGCUUAGGGAUCCUCCCUACGAGCCGCCGUCUGUGUCAGAGCUGCAGGAGUUCCUGCUAGCAGACAGACGACCCACUGGACACGUCAAUCAAGUCUGGCCUAACCUCUUCAUCGGUAACGAGGCGGCAGCUCGGGACAAAGGCGUCCUCCACAGCCUCGGCAUAACUCACAUAGUGAACGCUGCUCAUGGACCUCCCAGCCCCGACCCCGGACCACGAUUCUACGUCAACACCGGCCCCCGUUUCUAUAGAGACAUGACAGUGGAUUACUAUGGGGUGGAGGCUGAUGAUGCGGUGGAGUUCAUCCUCAGUCCUUUCUUCUAUCCGACAGCACGAUACAUCAGAGCUGCGCUGGCCAUGGGAGGGAGGGUGUUCGUACACUGCCUGAUGGGCGUGAGUCGCUCCGCAACCUUAGUGCUGGCCUUCCUGAUGAUCGUGGAGGGCCUGAGGCUGCAGGAGGCCGUGGCUGCCGUCAGGCCGCACCGAGACAUCUGUCCCAACCCAGGCUUCCUGCAGCAGCUCCGCAGCCUGGACAGAAGUCUGGAGAGGGAGAGGAGGAGACGACAGCAGGCCAAAACACUAGGGCACUUAGCCCCACUGGAGGAAACGCCGUCUCUGACAGAGCUGAGGGGAAUUCUUUGGACAAACAGGAAGCCCCCGGCACCUGUCAAUCAGGUCUGGCCUAACCUCUACAUUGGAGACGUGUCCGUAGCACGAGAUAAAAAAGUCCUCUCCUCCCUGGGCGUAACUCACAUACUGAACGCUGCGGCGGGUCGACACCGGAUCAACACGGGUCAGCAGUUCUACAGUGACCUCGACGUGGAGUACCUCGGCGUGGAAGCUGCAGACCAUCCGGAGUUUAACCUCCAACCUUUCUUCAGCUCUGCUGCACAGUUCAUAGACGGUGCUCUGAAGAGAAAUGGGAAGGUGUUUGUUCACUGUGCUAUGGGUGUCAGCCGCUCUGGAGCGCUGGUCUUGGCGUAUCUGAUGAUCUGUCAGGGCCUGUCGUUAGUGGAGGCCAUCAUUGCCGUGCGUCUCAACCGAGACAUCGGACCCAACACCGGAUUUCUGGAGCAGCUCAGACAGCUAGAGCUGAGCCUCAGGAUCCCAGAGGAGGAAAGAACUGAGAAGUCUUGACGCCGAACAAGCUGCUUCACUCAUUCUCUCUUAACAAUAAUAAUAAUAAUAAUAAUAAUAAUAAAAAGUUAUCUGUGUGUCGUCUGUUACAAGGAAGUCAAAAACAACUAAAUGCAUUCAGUUUUAUGUGUCCAGAAACAACUGCACCGACAGAGGCUCGCACCUGUCCACACAUUA